AUGCCCCCGGUUUAUGCGGGCGACGCCAAGCUCACCCAGAUCUCGUCGACGAUCAACGCGACGCAUUACACCCUUCUCUACCGCUGCCAGAACUGCUUCAAGUGGAACCACAACGGCGUCACCAACAGCGUGUCAACAAGCGGCGGAUUUUUCAUCCUCGGCUGGGCGCAAGCAUUCAGCAACCCGACCAGCCCGUCUUGCCCCGCCGACGUCCAUCUGGUCCAGCAUGAGAACCAGGGCAUCCACGGCGCCGGCCUGGACGCCAGCAUCGCGAAUCCGUCGUACUCAGCUUGGGCUGCCCUGGCAACAAAGACCGUCACCGGCAACUGCGGAGGCGGCUCCACGACCACCUCCGCGCCACCCUCGUCCACAACAACCCGAGCGCCCACGGGGCCCACGGGCGUCCCCGUUCCCUCGGGCACAUACGACUACAUCGUGGUCGGCGCUGGAGCCGGCGGUAUUCCUUUGGCUGACAAGCUGAGCGAGGCAGGCAAGAGCGUUCUUUUGAUUGAGAAGGGUCCGCCGUCCUCCGGCCGAUGGGGAGGCACCAUGAAGCCCACUUGGCUCGAGGGCACCAAUUUGACCAGGUUUGACGUCCCGGGCCUGUGCAAUCAGAUCUGGCGCGACUCGGCUGGCAUCGCCUGCCAGGAUACCGACCAGAUGGCUGGGUGUGUUCUUGGUGGAGGCACCGCCAUCAAUGCUGCCCUUUGGUGGAAGCCAUAUGCCCAAGACUGGGACUACAACUUCCCUACCGGCUGGAAGUCAGGCGACGUCGCCGCCGCAACAAGCCGCGUCUUCUCCCGCAUCCCUGGCACCACCACUCCCUCCCAGGAUGGCAAGGUCUACCUCACGAACGGCUUCAACGCCAUCGCCGGCGGCCUACGCACCGCAGGCUGGAAGGAGCUUGACCUCAACGCGAACCCCAACUCCAAGAAUCGCACGUUCGGAAAGACACCCUACAUGUACUCCGGCGGCGAGCGUGGUGGCCCCAUGGGGACGUACCUCGUCUCGGCCAGCAAGCGCGGCAACUUCAAGCUGUGGACCAAGACGGCCGUCAAGCGAGUGGUUCGCACCGGCGGUCACAUCACCGGCAUCGAGGUCGAGCCGUACCUGGACGGCGGGUUCGCUGGGACAGUGAACGUGACUUCCGUCUCGGGCCGCGUGAUUCUGUCCGCGGGCACGUUCGGGAGCGCCAAGGUCCUGCUGCGCAGUGGUAUCGGGCCGGCAGAUCAGCUCGAGGUCGUCAAGGGCUCCGCCGACGGGCCGACAAUGAUCGCCAACUCGUCUUGGAUUAACCUGCCUGUCGGGUACAACCUCGAGGAUCACACCAACACGGAUUCCGUCGUCACGCACCCGGACGUGCAGUUCUAUGACUUCUACGAGGCGUACACGGACCCUAAUGUCACCGACAAGAACGCCUAUCUCCAGAAGCGUAGCGGUAUCCUAGCGCAGUCCGCACCAAACAUCGGGCCCCUGUUCUUUGAGGAGAUCAAGGGUGCCGACGGCAUCACUCGUCAGUUGCAGUACACAGUCCGCAUGGAAGGCAGCCUUGACGUUCCCGACGGCAAGGCCAUCACCAUCAGCCAGUACCUCGGUCGCGGCGCCACCUCCCGCGGCAGGAUGACCAUCGGCGCCAACCUCGGCACCGUCGUCUCGACGGUCCCCUACCUACGCGACAAGAACGACGUCGAGGCCGUCAUCAAGGGCCUCGAGAACCUGCAGACGUCGCUCAAGAGCGUGCCCAACCUCAUCUGGAACUUCCCCCCGCCGGGCACCACGGUCCGCGACUACGUCAACAACAUGCUCGUGUCGUACUCGAACCGCCGCGCGAACCACUGGAUCGGAACUAACAAGAUUGGCAUCAACGACGGCCGCGGCUCCGGCGGCGACGCCGUCGUCGACCUCAACACAAAGGUCUACGGCACCGAUAACCUCUUCGUCGUCGAUGCUAGCAUCUUCCCCGGCAUGGUUACGACCAACCCUUCCUCUUACAUUGUCGUCGUCGCCGAGCACGCCGCUGCCAAAAUCCUCGCCCUCGCGACUGCAACUGCCCAGCCCCUCUAUGCGCAGUGCGGCGGCUCGACGUGGAACGGUAGCUUCCAGUGCGCCUCCGGGUUGAAAUGUACCGUCAAGGACUCGUACUACUCUCAAUGUCUCUGA